UUGUUGCUAUGAGUUUAUUAUUUAUGGUGCGUGAUGGGUGCAUUUUUAGACGGCACAGCGUAGUAUCCAAGCAACAAGUCUCACCAAACCAAAGGGAUAAAGGUUACAUGUAGAAUAGAUCAGGGACAUUUUGGUGAUUUGGUGUCCUAUGUAGUCUGACAUUGAAAAUCAGUUAAUCUAUUGGAACUGUUUCUAAAUAUAGUACAUGGUCAGAAGACAAUAUUUUUUUGCAAUACCUUUCUGUUGAAUUGUGUGUCUGUUUUGGGUCAAAUGAUGACCUCAUCGGUAAUUCGCGGAGAUAUGAGAUGUGGACCACUGUAUUUUUUCGACCAGCCAACAAGACGAGAUCUUACGAAGCGCACUACUAUACUUACUCAUGUAAACUUUGAUCUGAUAAAUGAAGGCGUGCAUAUGGCAACCACCACGAAAAGCGGGAAGGAUGCUUAUCUCAAGGAGAAAACAGAAGUAAAAAGCGAGGAUACACUGCUAGUGCAAAAUGGAAUAUGUGGCAAAUCUAAUGCAGACACACGGGAAAUUUGCGAGAAGACCGUUCAAGCCGCGCAGGUGGACGGGUUGGAAGAUAUAAACCUGUUGGAAUCAUACAAGCGCAUGGCCCCUCUGUUGUUGAGCGAGUUAGGAGAACUUCUUUUACAACAUGAAGGAAGCGAACAAGGAUGUAUUCCUCACGGGCUCGUGAAUGUGCUAAAUUACUCGUGGAAAGAUUUGACUUCAGGUGCAGUUAACAUGAGAAGGUCGGUAGUUAAGAGCAAAGUUGCGAAACUGCGAAAUUCCAAGGGUUCUAUUCAUUUAGACGACAAUGCACCUCAGAUGGAGGUACAUGUCAUAAAAAAGAUUAAAAAGAAUGCUGUGAUGUCAGAAAAAAAUGCAUCUGAGAGAAACACUCAAGACCACAACGUGAGAAAGAAAACAUGUGUUUCCAACGCAAACAAAACAGCUCACCUGUCCACAACUAUCAGUUUCUCUGUGUCCUCAAAAGUCUGCAAAGAGCAAGGUUGGCUUGUCCAGCCAAAGGAGCUCUCGUGGGAUGAGCCUCAGUGGAACACUCUGUGUCAGUGGGCUGUGGAGAGACUGCAGCUGGCAAACAUACCUAUUAAGCUACAAGCCGCCAAGCAAGCGGAGCAGGGCCUCAACAACCCUCCUAUCCUAAGGUACUAUGGGAAGGACAAGCCCGCUGUUCCCAACAGGAGGGUGGGAGGCACGGUCCAGCCAGUCUCUCCCCUCACUCUGUGUAACGGGCUACCCCAAGUGCCUGAGCUAAAACAGGACGACCCCUCUCAGCACAAACUGCACUACAGAAUCAACGACAGAUCUUCCUUUAUUUACUACCCCUCUGGUCAUGUGGCCGUGUGCCAGAGUAGCUCAGGGCUGCUCAGCGGAGGGUUCUAUACUAAUGUGUUCAGUGACAGUGCCAGCCCAGUUAUUCUCGCCAGCAUCACUGCAUUCGGACACGGCUCUGCCAAUCACCCAACCAGUGGGAGUAUUAUAGCAGCUUGGGAUCAGAAUGGGGGGCUGACCUGUGACCCUGAUGGGACUGUGACCAAGGAGUGGACCUGGCAGUCAGGGUCUGGACUGAAGGAAAAGAUAGUCUUACAGAUGUCUGACCAGAUAUGUGUGAAGCUUUUCAGCGGCACCUCGGCUACGCUCUGCUUUAAGAUGCACAAUGAAAGUGUCAAGCUGCCUCUCUCUUCCCUCUCCACCACCCUCCCAACCAUGGAAACGGCUUGCCUGCAGUCUGGAGAACACGUCCUCUCUUCUGGAAAGCAGGACUUGUCCCUGGGUAGGAAGACAGGCAAGACCCAGAGUGACAACAUGCAACGUAAAGCCUUGACACUCAAAUCGUUGAGGGUUGUCAGGGAGGUGGAUCGGCAGGGGAAGAUGACCUCAUCCUUGAGAGGAGGGCGGGAGACCAGGGAACUGAGGAGACUACAGAGGAGAGUGAAGAACAUCCUGGAUGACUGGCUAGAGUUCUACCGCGUGGCCACUGGAAUCAGGUGCCCGGAUAUUGAGCGCAUGUCCGAAUCCCCCAAACACCCCAAACUGAAGAGGGAGGCAGAGUCAGCAGCCCAACCCACUCUUAACCCUGCUGACAGUAACACAGAGACUCCAGAGGGGGGCAGCAAGGAGAAGCAGCCCCUCCUCAGAUACCUCUCAGCACCUGGAGACUUCCUCCUGAGCUCCUCCCCCAAGCUGACACGGAUGUUCACUCCAAAAAUGAUGACGGAGGAGCACCUUCACAUCACUCAGACAGGAGGAACAGUCCGAGUUCACAGCAAUGUCAAACUGGAUUCAGUGAUUCUGAGGAGCCCAGACCAACGGACCUCCGCUCUCAUUCACCAGCCCUCCUACAACCUCCCUUACCCCAUCAGCCCGUGUCCUGCCCAGCUGAGAGCUGUGUUGCAGGGGGAGGAGGUCCGCAAGCUGUGCCGUUGCAGCACCAGGUUGAUGCCUGUGGUGACCGACCUCGAGUAUGAUGCCUUAAUCUCGGGCCAGCCUCCCCACAGCGAGCAGAUCCUGGUGGUGUGUGUAAGGGUGCAGCGCCAGCCUCUUGCCAAGCCGGCCAAUCAGGACCUGCUGGAACAGCUGUAUGAGAGGAUGAAUAAGAACAGGGCCAUGCCCUGCACUCAGUGUCAGCUGGACUCGUUCCGCCUUGUGAGGUAUGAGAUGUCUACAGGGACGUCCUGCGCUAGACCGACCGGAACCACCCUGUUGCAACAUAGACACAACGCCUCCCCUGGAAUGUUUCUGAUGUACAUCCGAGGGAGGCUGCUCUUCGCAGACUACAUCUUCAAUGGCUACAGCUGCUCAGAGAGAAACCUGCACAAGCAAAUUGCUAAGACCAGGGCGGACUACAGACAAGGUCAUAGUCUGCCCUCAGACUACCUAUUCAGCGCUCAGUUGAAGAGGGCAGUGGUUGGAGACCUAUCUCUCUCUCAAGAACCGCAUAUAACUCCAUUGGAAGGCCAGUUAGGAGAAACCCAAACCUGUGAGAGGAAACCCACUCAGGGACCUGUGACUUCCCUGAAGAAAGACACAGUUUCAAAGGCCAAAAAGAAUGCAACCUCUCUACCUUUCCUCCCAACCUGAACACACCCAGCAUCCAGCUGGGUCCUGCUCUCCUGCUUAUGCUCUUCAAAGAUGAUGUCAAUGGAAGACAGAGAAAAUAUACACAUUUGUUAACACCAAAUAGAUAACUGCGCACAAUGUCAUUGGCUGUCUUAAGCAAUGUGCUUCAAUAUGUCUAUAUAUAGCAACUGAUGAUGUUGCGUGGAAAAUGCUUACAAAUCACAAAAGUCUGUGCUUAUGUCAACAUCUUAAAAAAUAAUAUGACACUUAAUGAAUGUUUGCAUUAUUGAUCUCUGAAAUUGUGCAUACACUGGCUAUAGCAAAAAUUCAUAUACAAAUAUAUGUUUCUUUGUUUUUUUUACAAUGCAUGAUUACAAAUGGGGAACGUAAAUGUUGGUUUAGUAAUCCAGGACAACUGUAUCAGUUCUUGUCUCAUUUACUAGAAAGUUGCAAGAGAUGCUUUUUGACACUAUGACUGAAGUGACAAAGUUGCUUAAGACUUAAGUGUUGUGUAAUAGUUUGUAGGAAAUCACAUCUUGCGGAAUGUUGAUGAAUCACUUCUGAUAAAAAUGUUUGUCUUCCUCAAAAAUAAUGCUAGCUUAAUUAUUUCAUUUCCUUUACUCUUCAUGACAUACUAUUAUUCGUUAUUUGAUUGCAUUAGCCCACGUUGAAGGCAAGCACAAAUAUUGGUCUAAAUAAAACUUUACAGGAACUUGUGACGCCUUUGUGGUGGCAAGUGGGGGCUUUUCAGUGUAGACUAUUGGUGGUGCUCGGAGACCUCUAGUGGAUGUGUGAACAAUGACGCAAACUCAUAGAUCAGAUCAUUUGAUUCCAAGAGUGCAACUGUAGCAAGAUCAGAAGGCUGCCGGGUAUAGCAACAUCCUUACAGAGUAGAUAGUUGAUUUAUAGUGAUUUGGACGACUGUUGACCAUGGGUCAAGAGAUGUCAGCUAAAAACCAGCGGUGUCAUCUAAACUACGAGAAAAGCUAAAGAGUUUGCAUCCAAAACAGUCAUGAGCUCAGGUAA